UUCGUAAACCUCUCAGGACUUUACCUCAGUGUAGGGAUCGUGCAAUAUAGUAGUAUUCUCCCCACCGCCAAAAUUACUCUGCACACGGAUAUGUCCAAUUCACAGUGCGGCGGGCAACUUUCGAAGAGUGUUCUCUGUGCUCCAUGCUCCUUCAUUCUCGACACAGCUUGGGAAGCCCGCAUAUCUGUACCUCCAGGUCACCGCUCAUGGGACUCACCUGUUGAUUCGUCUGUUUCCUUCCCGUGGCAUCCGACUCUUGCAGAUGCAAAAACCGCCGCUGCCGAAGGAUGUCAUUUCUGCUCUCUGAUCUGUCGUUACAGCAUCCAGCCGGAAUCGCUUGAUCUUGAGAGACCUGUGAAGGUCAGGUUUAAGCAUUCCGAUAACGAUUAUGGUAGAUGGGAUUUCGCCGUCAUCACGCCCUGGAACGAUUUCAACGCACUGCAGCUAUGUGUUCGUGGAGCUAGAUCCUCGUUAUGGGAAGGCAUAGGAGAUGUGCCAUCCUAUGGCGCCUAUGACGACGACAAGGCUGUCCCGGAAGAGCUUGCAGACAUGCUCAGAAAUUGGCUGAAUACUUGCGCAGGUGAACACAAUGGUUGCAAGGUCGCAGAACAGGUCAAUUUACCAUCCCGGCUACUAGAGAUAAGCGACUCUGGCAUAGGCGUCCCAAAGAUACGCUUGGUAGCUGCAUCGCCCGAGCAUCGAGGACGUUACAUCACUCUCAGUCACUGCUGGGGCCAGAACCCAGAGCUCAACGGUCUCACCAGGACGCUAGAGGAGAACGUCAAAGACUAUUACAAUGAUGUUCCGUAUGAUGUGUUGACGCAAACGUUCAAGGACGCGGUACAAGUUACAAGAGCUUUGGGCGUCCAACAUCUAUGGAUCGACUCGCUUUGUAUCAUCCAGAAGGAUUCUAAAGAUUGGGAACAAGAAAGUAUCAAGAUGGCAGACAUUUACGCAUACAGUCUGGUCACGAUUGCCGCAGCAGGGUCUCAGUCCGAUGGGCUUUUCCUGCAUAGGAAAAAAGCGGAAAUGACUCCAGUAAUAUGGCCAACCCCAGAACCAGGCAACCUGCUGGCUUUCCAUCCUUUCCUCCUCCGAAACUUCUUCGACUACGAAAGCAUCCCACAACCAAUCUACGGGAGGGCUUGGUGUAUGCAGGAGUUGACGCUCUCUCGUCGCGUGCUGCAUUUCCUGCCAGGCCAGGUAGUAUGGAAUUGCACAACAUCGACACGUCACGAAUUUGAUGAGCAUACAGCUGGCACCGACAAAUCCGCAUGCCUUGUACAGGAAUUCGCAAUCGCAGAUCUCAUGGUAGAUGGGAAACUCAAGCCUCUACCACCGACUGCAACAUUCUUCGAUACGAGCGAAAGCCUCCCGGACGCAGACCGAGGUCACAGACAUCUCCGUAGCUCUGAAAAGUUGUUGAAAAGCGCCGAAGGACGCAUCAGUGUCUGUUUCGGGCAUCCGCAAGCAUCUGGGGAAUUUCUCGGUCGGCUCCGCCAAAGCUUCACGGUCUCGAAGGAUGCGUACAUGGCCAGGACACAAAAGGUCAUUAUCGGACGACCGAGGCCGCGCACACUACAUGAUGAGUGGUUAUCGCUUGUUGAAAAUUAUUCCACCAAGGGUAUCACCAUGACAGGAGAUCGCCUGCCGGCCAUCUGGUCAUUUGCCGCGCGCAUGCGCGCCACGACCGAUGAUGAAUAUUGCUGUGGACUCUGGCGAAGCGACAUCACAAGAGGCCUGACAUUCAUGCUGUACAACUCACCAAAGGCGGAGCGUUCAGAUACGAAGCCUGUCAGCCCUUCAUGGUCAUGGGCCUUUCGAGAGGGCAAGCUUCGUUACUACGGCGAUGGCAGGCUGCAUCCAACAAAGACCGCCGAUCCUCUGGCACGGCCUUCCUUGAUAAAUUUCGAAGACGAAGGUACGAUGUCCAUGGGCCGAUCUACUCGCGCGGUAUUGACACUCAAAUGUCUCGCCGCUCCUGUCACGGGCGUCCCCGACGAAGAAAAGCCAGGACAACUCCUGCGUUGCGGAGCUCUAGAAUUGUCACUUGAUAACGUGGAAUUCUUCCAGACGCUGGCAGGUGCAGAGAUACUCUGUCUUCACAUGAUGGACUAUUGUUGCUUGCUUGUCAGGCCCGCAAAUGUGUGGAGGCGGGAAUUUGAGAGAGUUGGGCUGGGUUACGUCCGUCAUCAACGCGGGAAGGGCUUCAAGGAGGUCAAAGAUGAUUAUCUUAAUCUCCCCUGGAAGGAGACAAAAAUUCGGCUAAUCUAGUCACAUCAUUUUAGUGAAAUCCUAGAAUACUGAAUAUGCGUAGCUGCAAUAGACUAAAGAUGAAAA